ACAGCCAUGACGUGAGUUUAGCAUGUGCGGAUAGACGCUCAUUGUCGAAUAUUUAAAAAGAAAAAUAAAAAAAACACCGACACGAAGCAGAACCAGCAUGUCGGUCGACAGCGUGUUCAGGACCCGCUCGCUCGGUGUGGCCGCCGAGGGUCUUCCUGAUCAGUACGCCGAUGGUAAAGCAGCGAAAGUGUGGCAGCUAUACAUCGGAAACACGCAGAGUAGGACGCAGGAGUACAAAAGCUGGGUGGUGUCGCUGCUGAGGGAGCAAGGUGCCCGGAGAGUGCUGGAUGUAGCCUGCGGAACAGGCGUGGACUCCAUUAUGUUAGUGGAGGAGGGGUUCAACGUGGUGAGUGUGGAUGCCAGCGACAAAAUGCUCAAGUACGCACUGAAGGCGAGAUGGGAGCGAAGAAAAGAACAAGCCUUUGACCAAUGGGUCAUUGAAGAAGCCAACUGGCUGACACUACCAGAGGACAUCCAGAAACCAGGAGACGGUUUUGAUGCCGUUAUUUGCCUCGGCAACUCCUUCGCUCACUUGCCAGACUUUAAAGGGGAUCAGAGUGACCAAAGGUUGGCUCUCCAGAACAUCGCAAGUAUGGUCAAACCAGGCGGGACCCUCAUCAUCGACCACCGCAACUAUGACUACAUCUUGGAGACCGGGCGGGCGCCACAAGGCAAAAAUAUUUACUAUCAGAGUGAUCUAACUCAGGACAUAUCCACCUCUGUGCUGUGGGUCAACAGUCAGCCCCACAUGAUCACUCUGGACUAUACCCUCCAAGUGCCCCAAACGAGCCCCCAGAGCCAACCUGAAGUCAGCAAAUUCCGCCUGUCCUACUACCCCCACCGCCUGAACAGCUUCAAAGCGCUGCUGAACCAAGCCUUCCACGGGAAAGUGGAGCACAACGUCUACGGAGACUUCAUGACGUACGUCCCUGACCAAAGCCGAGCCCCGUGCUACUUUGUCCAUGUCUGUAAGAAGAAGGCCUAGCUAGCAUGAACGCCUUUCAGUUCAUACAGAUUGAAUCUUCCAAAUUAUGUUCGAUUUGAUCUGAAAUUCUAUAAAAAAAUGUAAUUUAAUGAUUGCCUUUUUAAAAUUAGUCACAACUGGUGGCCCACAGAGUAAUAUAUAAUAGGACACAGUUAUGUUGACUAUAGCAAAGAUGUGGUGGAUCACUUUUAUUUACCAUGUAAAAACGCAGAUUAGUGUCUGUUUUAAGUCCAUAUGGUGGCCUUUUGUUGUAAUUUUGUUUGAUGAAAAAAAAUAUUUUUUUUAUUAUGUAAGCAUCAGAAUCACAUUUUGCCUUAUUCUGCGCUAUGCUUCUGUAGUGUUUUUUUUUUUUUUUUUGCUGUAAUCUUGCAAAGUUGUUAAUGUCAAGGCCAACAAGAACGGACUGACACCAUAAAAGGGAUAUCUGACAGUUCUUGUCGGUCUAACCUACUUGCAGUGUUACACAGGGUCAGACCCUCUAAAGUCCACACGGGUUUUUCAUUGGUGAAACCGUUUAGGAGUUUAACGCUGCCUGAAGUCCAAAUGCUCAAACCUUUGUCAUGGUUUACCGCCUCCAAGUCAUCUGACUUGCCUCUACAUGGACGGGGGGCUGAUUCGGUGUCUACGGCAGGGGUGGGGCAAACUACGGCUUGGGGGCCACAUAUGGCCAAACCAAGCGUUUGAAUGAAAAAAUGAAAAAAAAACAUGAAAAAAUCAAACGACAAAACUGUAAAAUUAAAUGACACUAACACAAAUAACACUUUUACAGAUAAAAUUUGACAAAUAAUUCAAGGUAAAUUGUAAGCAUAAAAUAAUGUGUGUGGUAAUAUGUCCCCCCCCCCCCACACACAAUUUUUUUUGUUAACUCAUUGCGGCCCACUAGUCAAAAUAUUUGCCCACCCCUGGUAUACGGCAAGGGUGUCCAAAAUUUUUCAGGGGGUGGGGGUACUUUCAUACAUUUUGUGUAUUAAAGGUGCGAAAACCAAUUUAAUAUAUAGCAAGCUACCCGAACAAAAUAGCCAAAUGCAUGAAAGUACCCCCCCCCCCCAAUUUUGUUAACUCAAUGCGGCCCACGAGUCAAAAUAUUUGCCCACCCCUGGUAUACGGCAAGGGUGUCCAAAAAAUUUUCAGGGGGAGGGGGUACUUUCAUACAUUUUGUGCAUUAAAGGUGCGAAAACCAAUUUAAUAUAUAGCUAGCUACCCAAACAAACUAGCCAUGCAUCCCUGAUGUAUUAUUUUAACUAAUUUAAUUUAAUUUUAUUUUAAGUAAUUUAAUUAGAUUUUAUUAAAAUUGGAAAAUAUUACCUUUUGUUUAUGAUGUAAAAACACUGUAUGGGGAAUUCCAAAUUAGCCGCAACAGUAUGCACCAGGGGUGUCCAAAAUACCCGCUACCUAUAACACAUGGAUUUUAUUCGGGUAGCUUGCACCUUUAAUGCACAAAAUGCAUGAAAGUACCCCCCACACACAAUUUUGUUAACUCAAUGCGGCCCACGAGUCAAAAUAUUUGCCCACCCCUGGUAUACGGCAAGGGUGUCCAACAAAAUUUUUCCAGGGGGAGGAGGUACUUUCAUACAUUGUGUGUAUUAAAGGUGCGAAAACCAAUUUAAUAUAUAGCUAGCUACCUGAAUAAAAUAGCCAUGCAUCCCUGAUGUAUGUAUUAUUUGAACUCAUUUAAUUUAAUUUGAUUUGAAUUUAAGUUAUUUAAUUAGAUUUUAAUAUUUGAAUUGGAAAAUAUUGCACCAGGGGUGUCCAAAAUACCCGCUACCUAUCCUUUGCUACCUAUAUCACAUGCAUAUUUUAUUUGGGUAGCUUGCAUCUUUAAUGCACGAAAUGCAUGAAAGUACCCCCCCUUAGAAAAUGUUUGGACACUCUUGCUAUACACACUGAAUCAGCCCUCGCUAUGUUUAGGGAACAGUUGCAUCAGAGUCACAACCUGGGACACAAUCCUGCUGUCAACCAAAGAUUUUUGCAUCUUCUUCUUGAAUUUAAUCAGUCAUUUAUUUGUACGUUGCACUUUGAUUGAAAGCUACUGAAAACAAUCAUUUUAUGUUACUCUGUUACCCGGGCCGUAAAACAUCAAAGUUACCAAAUAACUCACCGCACACUCACAAUUUGAAUGUUAUCAAGUUCAGUGGCCUCCUGCUGUUUGGCUGCAGAUUGCAUGGUGCAUUCAAAUGUCUCGUCAGCACCACCAAUGGUUUCACUUCUUUUACAGGAGUGAAUGGCAAUGCACAUUUUUAUUCGACAUUUCACAAGAGUCUUACGUUGCUGGUUAUUAAAACUUGAAAAUCAUUCAAAUAAUAAAUAUGUUUUUAUUGUG